GCCCCGCCCCGAUGCGAUGCGAGAGAGCCAAAGAGGCAUAAAGGAGCACAAAGUGAAGUCGCCAACUCAACACUUCAACUGCGCGCUGCUUGGGAUAAAUAUAUGGAAUGCAAAGAAAACAAUGGAAAAAUGUCUAAUACUUCUUGGAGCCAUGGUUAAAUAGGGUAACCAGUGCAAGGGACAAGAUGGCCGCCCACAGGAUAAGAGUAACAAACAACAACAAUGUGCUCCCGAGAUGUAAAUCAGAGGGCACCCUCAUCGACAUUGAUGAGGGCGUGACCGAGGCGAGUCUUGUAGAUGUCAAAGUGCCUUCUCCCAGUGCCUUGCGUUUGGCUCCCUCGAAUACUUUCGGGACUGCACGGGAAGUAGUUGCCAUAAAGGAUUACUGUCCAUCCAGUUUUACCACUCUAAAGUUCUGCAAAGGUGAUCAUCUGUAUGUGCUGGACACGUCUGGUGGGGAAUGGUGGUACGCCCACGACAACAGAGAGAUGGGAUACAUUCCCUCCACAUACGUUCAGCCAAUCAACUACAGAAACUCUUCUCUUAGUGACAGUGGAAUGAUUGACAAUCUUGGGGACUGCUCCGAGGAGGGAGCAAAAGAGUUGGAGCUUCUGGGAGAGUGGACUGGUUUGUCCCUCAAGCCGUCCCUGCCUUAUGACAAAAACAACCCCUUCUCCAUGCUGUCUUCAACCAACCCAUUCCUAAAUGGAUCCAUGGUUGACAUUCUUGAUCAGAACAGCAACGAGAAGGCAAACCAAUGCAACAGUUUGGAUUUACUUUUCUUUGACUCAUUUGCGCCUUCUUCCCCCAUCUCCAACAACACAACAAGCAGCUACAGCAUCUCAAAAGGGUACAGCAAAAGUGCCUUUGAUGGCACAUCCACCAGCCCUGAUCUUGAAGCCUUGCAGAUGUUUCACAAGGACAAUGCCUUUUUUCGGAGCAAGAGGUCUUAUAGUUUGUCAGAGUUGUCAAUCUUACAAGCUCAGUCAAAUCCUCAGUUGCCUUCAUCAGGGUUUUUCACUGGACUUAAGGCUCCCUCACCUGAGCAGUUUCAAAACAGAGAGGACUUCAGGACGGCGUGGCUAAACCACCGGAAGUUGGCUCGUUCUUGUCAUGACCUGGAGUCCCUGGGGCAGAACCCAGGUUGGGGUCAAACACAACCAGUAGAGGCCAACAUUGUCUGCAAUUUGGACAAUUGUGGAGGAGCAGUCCAACUUCCAGAUACUAAUAUCAGUAUUCAUGUUCCCGAAGGCCAUGUUGCAGUUGGUGACACUCAGCAAAUCUCCAUGAAAGCUUUGCUAGAUCCUCCCUUGGAGCUUAACAAUGACAGAUGUUCCACUGUCAGUCCUGUCAUUGAAAUCAAACUAAGUAACAUGGAGAUAAAAUCAUUCAUAACCUUAGAGAUGAAGGUGUCGGUGGCGAUUAGGACAGAUAGUCAAAUUGCUGUGGUUUUGUGUGUGAGAAGUGAUUGUAAAGAGGGUCCUUAUUCUCCAGUUCCACAAGCAUACACUUACGGUGAUACGAUUCAGGUUCAGCUGGACAAUCUGGAGCCAUGCAUGUAUGUAGCAGUUGUCGUCCAGACUCAGCAUGUGUCCUUCAAUUCAACAGUUUGGGAUCAGAUGGUAAAGAAAGUUACAUUGGGGCUCUAUGGGCCCAAGCACAUUCAUCCGUCUUUUAAGACUGUGGUUGCAAUUUUUGGGCAUGACUGUGCCCCCAAGACUCUACUUGUCAGUGAGGCUGGGAAACAAGCUAAGUCUGCCCCUCCUGUUGCCCUACAACUGUGGGGGAAGCACCAGUUUGUACUUGGCAGACCUCAGGACUUGCAGAUAGGCAUGUACUCCAACAUGUCAAACUAUGAGGUCAAGGCAAAUGAGCAGGCUAGGAUUUUCCGUGGGUUUCAGGUAAAAUUGGGCAAGGUGAGCAGGCUCAUUUACAUGAUUACGUCUCGGAAUGCAGAUGAGAUUUCUGACUUCACUUUACGUGUCCAGGUAAAAGACGAUCAGGACUGCAUCCUUGCGCAAUUUUGCGUUCAGACACCACAGCCGCCCCCUAAAACAGGGAUGCGGAACAAUUGCCAGAGGAGGUUCCUGAAGAAGAAGGAAGUCGAUAAAAUCAUUUUGUCUCCUUUGGCCAUCACCACCAAAUACCCGCAGUUUCAGGAGCGCUGCAUCACUAACCUGAAAUUUGGCAAACUGAUAAAAACCGUAAUCAGGCAAACCAAGAAUCAGUACUUGCUGGAAUAUAAGAAAGGGGAUAUUAUUGCCUUACUCAGCGAGGAGAAGAUCAAACUUAAAGGACAACUAUGGACCAAAGAGUGGUACAUUGGAUAUUAUCAGGGAAAGACUGGGCUUGUACAUGUCAAAAAUGUGCUGGUCUUGGGAAAGGUUAAACCCAUAUACUUCUGUGGGCCAGAUCUUACAACCACAAUGCUAAUGGAGCAAAUCCUAAAGCCCUGCAAAUUCCUCACAUACAUUUACGCCUCUGUGAGGAUAAUACUUAUGGAAAAUCUGGGUAACUGGCGAGCAUUUGCUGAUUCUUUGGGCUAUGGGAAUCUUCCUUUGACGUAUUUCUGCCGGGCAGAACUGGACAGUGAACCAGAAAGAGUUGCCUCUGUGCUUGAGAAACUGAAAGAAGAUUGCCUUAACAUGGAGACUAAGGACAAAAAAUCUUUCCAGAAGGAACUAAUGAUGGCUCUGUUGAAAAUGGAUUGUCAGGGUUUGGUGGCACGGCUCAUUAUGGACUUUGUGUUGCUGACGACGGCAGUGGAGGUGGCCCCUCGCUGGAGGGAGCUUGCCGAAAAACUCGCCCAUGUAUCCAAGCAACAAAUGGAGGCUUAUGAAGCUCCACACAGGGACAAAACUGGGGUGGUGGACAGUGAGGCUAUGUGGAAACCAGCCUAUGACUUCCUGUUGACGUGGGCCGCUCAGAUCGGGGACAGUUACCGUGACGUCAUCCACGAACUUCACAUGGGUCUGGACCGAAUGAAGAACCCCCUCACCAAACGCUGGAAACACCUUACAGGCACUCUUAUCCUUGUCAAUUGCCUCGAUAUGCUUAGAAGCUCCGCAUUCAGUCCUGCCCCUCAGGAUGACUUUGCCAUCUAGCCCCACCCCCUUAGAACUGUGACUCCACCCCUUAGCCCACUUUCUGUAUUCAACAUCACCUCAAAAGACUUUGCUGAACUUUGAUUUCAAAAGAUAUACUCUUUUCUAAGGGUACGUUGACACGACAACUAUGUACUGAAAACGGAAAAGUUUUUCUUUUGCGUUUUUGAAUAGUUUCGUGUAUAGACGUCAACGUUGUCAUAACAAUCCCCGUACACAUGGAUUCGCAAAAAUAACUAAAAACACUGUAUUACGCAUGCCAAGCCAGUAGUUGGCGAUGUCACUUAAAGAAACACUACGUGCCUGCGCACAUAAGCAUUCUUCCACAUAGCGCUGUAUACAAACAAUGAAGAUGGCAAAAGCAUCGAGCAGUUUGGUCUGGACUGGAGAAGCAUCAAUAAACUAAAAAUUUUGAGCAGCACAAACACAGUCCUGUAGUCCGCCAAUGUAGUUUUGAAUGUCUCGCACGUUGUUUUAAGUACUCGCGCAUGCCUAUAGACUGAACACAUAAUACGCGUGCGCAUGACAUCAUCGUUUUCAAAAUUUCACUUUUUUGUAUGUUUACACGGAGACGAUAAAUGCAUCUUUUUCAAAAACUUGCACUUUGAAACCCAUUUACAAAAGUUUGCUUUUUCAGGCCCCAAAACGCUGUUGUCGUUUAAACAAACAGCCAAAACGCAUAAAAAGUUUUCCAUUUUUAGUUGAAAACGUUGUCGUGUAAACGGCCCCUAAGUUACUUCCAGCUGUGAGUUGAUCUCAGUUCAAUAGCCGCGAGGACUUCCUGCACCCGCGCACGUCCAUAUAAGGACAUAUGCUAAGACAAGCAAUCCAAAACACAGUGUUUUUUUUAAUUCCUUAAAAGCAUUUUUAUCAGUCUUGUUCUUUGUGAUAUCUAUAUUUUUUAUAUCGGAUGGCUUAAUGGAAAUUUUUUCAAGAAUAAUUUUUUCAGAAAAGAUUAUGACUUUGUUCAUCACUAAAGAUUGUGUAUUUUGUCAAGUCACAUUUACCCAUUCUUGUCGUUGUCAUCCUGUCCGACCAUCCUGAAUUUUGUUGCCAAACGAUAAACACAAGCCUUCCACAUCUAUGUUUUUUUUAUUCAACUGAUAUUUUGCUUUCGUAGAGUGUCAGAUUUAAUUGGUUUAAUUAACACAGAUUUGUCUUAGAAACACCACAAACUGGUUUUGGGGCAUGAUUAUCUGUUUGGCCAAUGACAGGAGUGUUCAGGAAACCUGUUUAAAAGCAGUCUUUUAUGUCUUUAACAUAUAUACAACUUUUUUUGGUGUCACUAGUGGCACAUAAAUUACACUUCAAAACGUUAGCAAAUAUUGCGAAGUUUGCAUUACCAUAUACUUUAGGUGUUAAAUUGCAGUGUUUUGUUUGAUGAGUUUUAAGUUGUGCGUCAUUUUAAUUCAGUGUUAUUGUUAAAUAUACGAGAAAUGAAUGCAGUCAGAUAAAUAAAUAUACCAUAAUGUGAUUUUAUUUAUAAUUACAAAGAUUUGUCGAUGGUUUUGUGUGCGUGUGUGUGUGUUUGUUCUACAUUUAUAUUUUUUGUACUUCAACUGAUAUACAAUUUUUCGAUUUUAUGUUCUUGUAAAGAUUUUUCUUUGUCUAUUUGUUUAGAAUAUUAAUCAUAUAUUUUUCUUCUUGAGUACAUUUAAAGUCCUGUACAUGUCAUGGAUUCUUUUGUGCUGUUUUUAACAGCAUUAACAUGUAGGGAAAAAAGGAAUGUAUAUAUUAUAUAUAUAUAUUCUGUGAUUUAGAGUUAUGUCUGAUGGAUGACCUGUUUUGGUGUUAGAUCUUCGAGAUGUGUGACUGUAACUGUUCGAAAAGUCUGCAUAGCCAUAAUUCGCACACUGUCUUAGUUGCCGCCAAAUGUUUAGAAAGAAAAUGAGUUAAACGUGCUGUCCCAUGUUGUUCCCAUGGUUUCAAUAAAGCAGCUGUAAAUGUAUAGAAUUUAGUUGCAUUGGAAUUUAUGCCUGUAUGUUUUAAGAGAUUACAAGUUAUUAUGACAACUUAAAGAAUUUUCAUUUUUGGGUGAACUAUUCCUUUCCGUUUUCAUGCAUUUAAAGAGUUAUCUGUGCACCAGUUAUCCAUGCAACAGACUUUAUUUUACUUCAAUCUGACCUCCGCAGGCAGCUUUUUACAUCCCUAAGCACUUCAAUAGAGCUGACUGUGAAAAAUCAAUUUAUGCUAUAUUUAAAUUGCUUAAUUAAUUACAAGCUUGCAGAAAGAAUUCAAGCGGGUUCUAUAAAAUCAAGCCAUUUUAUUACGUUUUAUUGUCAAGGAAGAAAAGCACAAUUGCUAAAAUCAAUUAAGACAUAAAAGCAAUAGAUAACUGGGAGAUGCAUCAAAUUCACUGCAGCAAAUGCUGGAACCUGUGAUAAAUAAUCAAACUGACAGGCAAUUAGGAGUUGUGACUCAAAAAUCAUUGUUAAAAAGAUUGUAAAACACAGUACCGUAUAUUUGCUAGCAUCAUUGAAGCAAGUAUUUACGUCCUUUCACAGGUGUAGAGAUGAGUGCAGGUGGCUCUGAUGUGUUUGGCUGAUUGUUUGCGAUGUCUGCAGUGCACAUAUUGUUAUGACUAGAAACAUAGAAAAUUGACAAAUACGGUACUGUGCAACAGUUUUAGGCACUUGUGAAAAAUGCUGCAUAGUGAGGAUGUCUUCUGUUGCAGGGCUCCCUGUUCAUCUAUUCUAAUCUUUUCUAUUUGCAAAAGUAAUAUUUGGGAGUCUAACAUUUAUAUUUCCUAUUGACACACUAAAGCUGAAGAUAUUAAUAACCAUCUUAAGGCAAAUGCUUUUGUGAAACAUGUGCCUAAAACCUUUGCACAGUACUAUCCUGAGCUCUACUAUCAAUUUUCUUUCAUCUUGGUCUAACAUUAUAUGAGAUUAACCAGCAACAUGUUACUAAAGGGAAUAAGACAUUUAUUUUGCUUAAUAAACCAAAAUACAGGCGAAUCUCACAAAACCUGUCAAGAAUAUGACCGGGUCAUUUUUCACUACAAAAUCGAAAAGAAAGCCACUUAAAAAAGAAAAGAAAGUGUUGGCAAAGACAGUUCGAAAGAAUGUAAGAAAGAAAAAUUUGAAAGUUUAAAAGAAAUUUUGAAAGUUUGAAAACUAGAAAGUGGUUUGAAAAAAGUUCAACAGAAUGUUAGAAAGCUUCAAAGAAAGUUUGAAAGAGUUCUAAAUGUUUUAAAGUUAAAAAAGAAAGUUUAGCAGAAAGAGAGUUCAAAAGAACAUUAGAAAAAAAAGAUAUUUUGCCAAAUAUAUAUAUUUUUUUGCAUUGAUAUUAAUUUCAUCACAAUUAAGUAUGUUUAAACACCAAAUUCACAUUACCAUAACGCCAAAGAAUCUCAUUAUCAUUACUGUAACGUGAAGAAAAUAUUUUUAAUGAUAUUUAUUGUGUGAUUAAUACCACAUUGUGCUUAAUUGUCAGGAAAAUUUUACAAACAAAUUAAUAAAUAAUCUUAAUAGCCCUAAAAGUGGCUUUAUUUAUGCAAAAAUUGUAUUUCUUAUUUUGAGGAAUCUGACCUGUGUGUUUUCUAAGAUUCCAGCGUACAAUUAAUUGCUAACCUUCAAUGAGAAAGGAUGAUGUGAUACUUUAAUGUAUAAAUGAACUGAGUGAAUUGAAGGUGUCUUAUAUUGAA